AUGGAAGACCACAGUGAGUUACGACAAACAGAAAGAAAAUUGGAUGAUUUAUUGCGCAAAGAGGAAGUCUUUUGGCAUCAACGAUCCAGAAUACAAUGGCUAAAAGCAGGAGACCAAAAUACAAAAUUCUUUCAUCAAAAGGCAAGAGAGCGACAAAAGAACAAUUCAAUUAAAGGCAUUUUCAAUGAUGGAAACGAAUGGUGCACAAGUGAUAGUGAGAUCAGCGAGAUCACAAUGAAGUUCUACAAUUCUCUCUUCACUUCUUCGUCUCCUUCAGAAGAAAAAAUUGAAGAACUAUUACAAGGAGUUCAUAUUUCUGUUUCAGAUGAGAUGAACAUGAGUUUAGAAGCCCCAUUUUCCUUGGAGGAAAUAAAAGAUGCAGUCUUCUCUAUGCCUGCAGAUAAAAGCCCAAGUCCAGAUGAAGGUUUUUCAGCUUUACUUCAACAAGCGGAAAGUAGAAAGGAAAUAAAGGGACUACGAAUAGCUAAUACAGCUCCUUUCAUUACCCACUUAUUCUUUGCGGAUGACAGCCUCAUUAUCGUCCAGACAUCUGAGAGAUCUCUACAAGCUAUACAAAACAUUUUUUCUCUAUACUCGACAUGUUCUGGACAGAUGAUCAACUUUACAAAGUCUUUAUUAUAUUUUUCUCCAAAUACUUCGGAAGAGAUUGCCAGGUUGUAUACAUCCUCUCUAAAUAUGCAAAGAACUGAUUCUAUAGAAACAUAUCUGGGUCUACCGAUGUUGGGAGGUAAAAAUAAGAGAAUUUUGUUUAAUUCAAUAAAAGACAAAGUUUGGAUGAAGUUACACUUAUGGAAAUCAAAGCUUUUUUCUCAAGCUGGUAAAGAAAUCUUACUUAAAGCUGUUAUCCAAGCUAUGCCAACUUAUCUAAUGUCAUGCUUCCGUAUACCAGAAGGUUUGUGCCAAGAAAUUGAAAGAAUACAAGCCCGAUAUUGGUGGGGUUCUACUACUGAACAAAAGAAAAUUCAUUGGCGCGCUUGGCAUAAAAUGUGUAGACCAAAGUGUGAGGGAGGAUUCAGAUUCCGUGGUUUUAUUCAGUAUAAUCAGGCACUUCUGGCAAAACAGGCUUGGCGAUUACUAAUAAACCCUACAUCCCUUCUUGCAAAAGUAUUCAAGGCAAGAUACUAUCAACAUACAAGUAUAUUGGAGGCUAGAGAAGGUCAUUAUCCUUCAAUAACGUGGAGCAGUAUCAUUUGGGGUAGGGAUCUUUUACGAAGAGGAUUGCGACGACGUAUUGGAAAUGGAAAAGAAACUUUGGCCUUUAGUGAUCCAUGGAUCCCAAGACCUCCAUCUUUUCUCCCAAGUAUAAUUGAUAUAUCUGAUCCCCUUAGAGUACAUGAUCUCUUUGAAACACCUGGUUCGUGGAACAUGAUACGAGUCCAACAAUUUUUUAAUGCUGCUGAUGCCCAGAACAUCUUAACCAUACCUCUAACUCAAUUUGAUCAUCCAGAUUCGUGGCUCUGGCACUAUACAAAUCAUGGGAACUAUUCUGUCAAAAGUGGUUAUAAUCUAGCCUCAGCUAUGGACACUGCACUGCCGUCUUCAUCUGUUACAUUAAUAGCAAUUUGGUGGAAGUCCUUUUGGGGAAUCAAAAUACCACGUAAAAUUCUACAUUUUUCUUGGAGAGGCUACCAUGAAAUAUUGCCCACUCUUAAAGGUUUAAAUCGACGAAAUAUCUCUAAACACAGUGUUUGCCCACUAUGUGGUUUUGGAGAGGAUUCUAAUGCACAUGCUGUCUUUUGGUGUCCUUCCUCUAAAGAAAUAUGGGAUCGGUGGGAUUAUCCUUUCAUGUCAGAAAGGAAAGAGGACAUUUCCUUUAAGGAGAUUCUACUCUAUGCCUCUGAAAUUUUGGAAAAAGAAAACUUUCAAAAAAUGCUCAUCAUAGCUUGGGCAAUUUGGUUUGAGAGGAAUAAAAGAACCCAUGGACAUCCAGCAAGACAAGGACAACAAGUGUUUGAAUGGACAGAAACGAUAGGAUUUGGAGCAAUCAUCCUUUCCCCAGAGAAGGAAGUUAUUGCAGCUUUAUCUAAGCCCUUAAAAGGAAUGUUGUCAGCCUUUCAAGCAGAAGCUAUAGCACUGUUGGUCGCACUCAAUUGGGCUCAAAGGCUUGGAAUUCAGCUGGAUGUUAUCUUUUCUGACUCCCUUUCUCUUGUCUUGGCUUUAAAUAAUAACAUAACUUAUCAAAAUGAACUGGGGAUUAUAUUUUUAGAUAUUAAAACUUUAUUGUCUACUUUUCCAGGGGUAGCUCUGUCACAUGUUGGUCGAAAGUUUAAUAAUUUGGCUCAUGGUUUGGCAAAGCAUGCCCUUAGGCUAGACGAUGAGUUUUGUUGGUUGGAGGAAACCACCCCUCCAAUUUGUACUCUUUUUCCGUUACAUUCUGAAUAG